AUGGGUUUCUUACUAUCCAAUUAUCAACUCACAAUAUGUAUCCUGUAUUCCCUAAUUUUCUGCUUGUCUUCUUCUACACAUCUUUGCCAUAAUGACGAGAGCACUGCUUUGCUCCAAUUUAAGCAACUCUUUCCGUUCAAUUGCUCUGCUCCUAUCAAUUGCAAUGAUUUUCCUCCUUCAAGCACUGAUAAUUGGAAAGAGGGUACAGAUUGUUGUGCAUGGGAUGGGGUCACAUGUGAUAACUCCACUGCUCAUGUCAUUGUCCUCGACCUCAAUUGUAAGUGCCUAUAUGGUACCAUCCAUCCAAACAGCAGCCUCUUCAAUCUUGUUCACCUUCAAUACCUCGACCUUUCUUACAACAACCUCAAUCACUCUCAAAUUUUACCUUCAUUUGGCCGUUUCACAAAUUUGACCCAUCUUGACCUCUCUUACUCCUCUCUUUCUGGCCCAAUACAAUCAUCAGAAGAAGAAGUCUGGCAAGGGAAUAACUUCUCCAAUAACAUUUUCCACUUACAGAAAUUGCAGGAGCUGUGGUUAGACGGUAACAGAGAACUCACAGGUAAACUUCCAAGUUUUAUUAAUGGAACUCUCCGGCACCUUAGGUCGUUGGAUCUCUCUGAAACAGGUUUCACCGGAGAGCUACCUAAUUCCAUCGGCCAACUUGAGUACUUGGAGGAGCUACUCGUCUCUGACUGCAAUCUCUUCGGUACCAUUCCGACAUCGCUUGGAAACCUCAAGAAACUAAGAAUGUUAGAUCUUGGAGGGAAUAACUUUAUCAAUGGUCAAUUCCCAUCUUCAAUCGGCCAUCUUAAAAACUUGGAGAAGCUACACCUCCGUGACUGCAAUUUCUCUGGUACGAUUCCGAUAUCGCUUAAAAACCUCACGCUAUUAAUUUGGCUUGAUCUUUCAGACAACAAUUUUGAAGGCCCAAUUCCUCAACUUUUUUUCAACUUCUCGCAACUUUUUUUUAUAGAUUUCUCAAACAAUCAACUAACAGGUCCCAUUCCAUUAUCAAUAACUGGCCUUCCAAAUCGAAACAAAGUUUUGUACAUGCUAGACCUUUCGAACAACCACCUAAAUGAAGAACUCAAUCUACUCUGCAAUCUUCAUUCUCUUAGAUAUCUCGAUCUGUCCAAUAACCAAUUUGGCGGAUUAAUCCCUACCUGUUUGGGGAACUUCAGUGGGUAUUUAACGGUGUUAAAUUUGCAGAGUAACAAUUUCAGUGGGACCAUCCCUCAAACUUUUGGAUAUGCAAGCAAGUUGCUAGAACUUGACAUUAGCAACAAUGGAUUGCAAGGGGUGCUUCCAAGAUCAUUGGCGAAUUGCACGAACCUAGAAAUUUUGAAUCUGGGUCAUAAUUUCAUAGAAGAUGCUUUUCCAUUUUGGUUGGAGAACCUACCGCAAUUGAAGAUUAUUGUCUUGCGAGAUAAUAAAUUCCAAGGUCCCAUAGAGCAACCAAGGAAGAGAUUAGCCUUCACCAAUUUACAUAUCAUUGAUAUGUCUCACAAUGAAUUUACAGGUACUUUGCCAUCAAAAUUCUUUGAGAGCAUGCAUUCAAUGAUGAUGGAUGAGGAAGACAAAUCCUCCUCACAUUAUAUGCGCAAUGGUUAUGGUUAUUAUUCGGUAACCAUAAUGAAUAAAGGACUUGAAAUGAAACUCGUAAGGAUCAUCACCAUCUUCAAUGCUGUUGAUUUCUCACACAACAAGUUUGAUGGAAAUAUUCCAAUAUCCAUUGGAAGACUCAAAGCCCUAUGUGUCCUAAAUUUUUCAAGUAAUGGCCUCACAGGUCUCAUUCCAGUGUCCUUGGGGGAUCUAAGUGAGCUCGAGUCCUUGGAUCUAUCCCAAAACAAACUAUCUGGAAAGAUUGCUCAGCAACUGACUAAAUUGACAUUCCUUGAAGUUCUUAAUUUCUCACAAAACAAUCUAACAGGACUUAUACCACGAGGUCUGCAAUUUGAAACAUUUUCAAACACUUCAUAUGAGGGAAAUCUAGGCUUGUGCGGGUUUCCAUUGUCAAAGAAUUGUGGGAAUGUCCAGAUAGCAGAAUCACCAACUUUACCAUCUUCAUUUAGCCACAAUUUUAAGUUCAAAUUUGAUGGCUUUGGUUGGGAAGCUGUGUUGAUGGGAUAUGGGUGCGGCGUAUUGCUUGGUUUGUUGAUUGGAAGUUACAUUAUUCGAAGGAAAGAGGAAUGGCUCGUAAGGAUUUUUGGUGUAAAAAUGUGUCAACAUGGGAAGAGAUCAAAGAAGGUUCAGAAGAAGAUAGCUCAUACAAAGUCAAUUAUAAAUUGUUCGUAG